AGUGUAAACUGUAAACUAGUAUUGGUAAUGUAAUAUAAAACAUCCCCUUUGCCAUUAAAAAAUAAUAAUUAUGAAGUGUCAUUUACAGACAUUGACACUGGAGUGGCAAUGGUUUUUUGAUUUUCUGGCAUUGGCAGCAGUUUAUUUUAUUUGAUUUCGUUGUGAGAGUCAGCUUUCUGCAUCGCGUCACGUUCAUAUGAACCUGUCGCCGGUGCCUGUGCCCAAAAACUACCGUCAAGAUGUCCGGAAGAGCCUAUACUAUGAGGGAGAUGAGUUCCAUAGUGGAUUAUGUAAAUAAAAGAAAAGCCUAUGGUGAAAUUAAGGGCAGAAAAUUGUGGACCGAUUUUGCAAGUUCAAAUUUGACAAAUAGGACUUGGCAGAGUCUAAAAGAGACAUUUUUGAAGAGGAUUUUGCCUGAUAUCCACAAUCCAUACUUUGGUCUUACUAAAUCAGAGAUUUGUAGUUUUAAACAAGGAUAUGAUGUUGAAGCAAGGAUUAAAAAUAAAUUAGAUAUUCACACCAUCAGUGAUGAGUCCAAUCAUUCAAAUGCUGGCAAUGUUCAAGACAGUGAGAAGCCAAGUACAAGUUAUAAUAAAGAAGCAGAAAACUCAACAGGUGAGAUAGUCUCUCCUUCAACACUUAAUGCACGCACCAGGGCCUCAACUGAAACAAUCAUUCUUGAAAAUUGCUAUGAAAAUGCAGAGGAUAUUCAGAGGGAUUUAGAAUCUCCAAUCAAAGAAAAGGACACAGAGAAUCCAAAUGAAACAGAAACACCAAAUAAUCGUCUUCGUGAUUUGAUAACCUAUGCUGAACCAUUUACACCAAUGAUGCAACAAGUUUUAGACGAUUUUGCAACUGAAGAUGAAAUGGCAGAAGAAGAAUUGGUGGAAGCAGAAUUGGAGAUACUUGAAGGCAUCAAUAACAGGAACGAAAAAAAUUGUAAUAAAAAUAAUUCUAAAAUAGACAAAGACAAGGAUCAAACUAACAAGACAAAUGAAGAGAAGUCAACUGAAAAAGUAUAUAAUAGGCUUUCAGAAGUUGUUCAGUGUUCUGAAAGUAUUAAAAUACCAUUAGGACAAGAGUCAAAAGUACCUGAAAGUAACACUGUAGGGAACAACACUGAUUUGACAGACAAUGGUAAUGUCAAAGAUGAUAUUAAGAAAAAAGAUGAGAUUUCUUAUAGCCUUGAUAAAAAGGAAAAAAAUAAAAACUAUGUUGAUCUCUCAAAUGAUACUGCCACACAAAAUACCAACAAUUCAACUGACACGAUCAUACCAGAGAAUCAAGAAGCGUUAAAUAAUAAGAACGAAAACACAGGACCAGAAAUAGUAGCUGAUGCAUUAAAAGAGGUUUCCAAAAAGUUGUCACUAUCAAGAAAGAGGUCUUUUUCACUCAACAUGGAAUCUAAUUUAGAAAAGAAAAGGAAAUUAGGUUCAAAAAGUAAAGAUGUUACUCAAUCAGAAGCAGAAGAUAAAAACGAAAAUAAUACUACUACUCAUAUAGGAAAAAAUAUUGAGAAAAAGAAGGGAAAUGAUGAACACAAUCCUCAAUCUACUAAUAACACUCAAAAUAUAGAAGAAAAUAAAGCAGCAGGAAGUUUUGAUGGAAAAUUUUCACAAAUAAAUCCUUGUCUAAAUAGCGUGAGUUUAUAUGAUGAACAGUUUAAUAACACCAAGUACACCGAUUCCGAUUCUAGUGAUAACUUAGUUAUAAAUGCAAUUGUAGAAGUACAUAAAGAUAAAAAAGAUAUAGAAGCCAUCAAUGUAGAAAAUGAUAAAAACAUAGGAGAAGACCAUAAAGAAAAAACUGAUGAUUGUAGUAAAGAAAAAGCCAAAGAAAUACAAAAUAAAGGAGAUGAUGAGAACAGUAAUGAAAAAUUGCUAAAUGUCUUUAAAAAAGCAGAAAAUAUUAAUGAAGUAGUUAUAUUGAAGUCACAUUCUGAAUCCGACGAUAGUAAUGAAGCAGAAAAUGGUGAUAUCCAAGUUAAACCAAAGCAAGUCGAUAAAAAAGACAGGCAAGAGGCGUUAGCCAAAAUGUUUGGAUUUUCUAGUGGUGUAGUGAGUUCCGAUCGAAAGAGAAAGCUGAAUCGUGUACAUCAUUCGUCUUCUUACAAACUAAACGCAAGCAACUCUAGUGACUGGACGUCGGAUAGCGAGAGCGAGUACGUGUCCCCGCCUCGCGGACGCCGCAACAGAUACGCUAGGAAAUAUUUGAAACCCCGUCCGGCCCGAAUCCUGCAGCUGGAGGAAGAUGGCGGUCUGUUCGUGAUGCACGGCAAGAAGAUAUACCCUCUAGUUAACGACGGCAGCGUCGUCAAGAACUACCUCGCUUUCUCACCAGAAAGUGGCCCCGAAGAGGAUUCUGCUUACUGGAAGAAAAAAUAUAAAGAAGAGAGGAAAAAGACUGAAGAACUAAAAAAACUGGUAGAGGCCAGCAUAAAGCUGCCGGCGCGAGAGCAGUCGCCGAUGCUGCCCACUUCGUCACGGCAGUCGGCGCAGGAGACCUUGCCUGAACUGAUCCCCAUUGCGGAUGAACUAAAAGUGGCAUUACCAUCAGAAAAGCCCAAAUUGGGAGUGAAAUCAAAUGAGAAGACCUUAAAAAUAAAGUUCAGCAAAAACAAUGAGGAGUUGCAAGUGGAAGGAGUCUGGUCUCAGAUCCACCCAGUACUGGCGGACGUGGUGCAGAUCUUCAGCAAGGAGCCCGAACCCAAAGAGGCGCUCCCCUCCAACACCAACGGGAAAUCGGACAUUGUAAAGUCUGAUGUGGAUGAAAUUGUGUCCAUCAGGUCCACGCCUUUGGACGAAGAUGCUAUACGCAAAAAGGUGGACAAAAUGGAGGAAGAAAUAUUCAAUAAAAUAGAAGAGUUGGAUAAGUCUGAGAGGGAACAGGAGGCCAGUGUGAAAGACCAAGAAUCCAGUGAGAAGGAUCAAGAAGCUAAUGUCAAUAAAAGAAAACGGAUAGGGAGACCAAGAAAAUCUUCCACGGCUCUGAAAUCUGCUGACAGUUCUUCCAGCCCCGGCAGACCUAAACGAACCAAGGCAAAUAAACCCACCGCAGAAGACCAGAAAGAGGUUGGAAAAGUAAACGGUCAUUCAAAGGUUGAGGUUGAUAAAGAAAAUGUCCAGAAAGCCAAAAAAGAAAUGCCUAAAAGACGGACUAGAACACCUAAAAAGUACAAUAGUGAAAGUUCGGCUGCCAGUGAAAAAAGUAAGAAAUCGCCAAAAAGUGUGAAGUCCACAAACCCUGAGCCGGAAUCAACGCGUCUUUCCACCGAGGACGACGACGUCCGCUACAUGUUCCCGCCAGAAAAGACUAGGAGAUCAUAUUCCAAAACUGCAGAGACGAAAGCUAGAAGCUCAAACAUCCCCACCAAUCCCACUACCGAGAACCUGUCACUAAAUUCAAUAGAAAGUAGCCAAGGAUAUCAAGACUCUGACCUAAGUCCAGCAAAGGAGAGGAUCAUGUUGAAAAGGAGAAGAAAACUAGGUCUCACCGUUUUGAAUAAAGGGAAACAAAGACGUUUCAUUCGUAGAAGAUCCUACCCAUGCAUUUCAGACGAUGCUUCCAGCGAAUCUAGUAAUUUAUCUUUUAAAAUACCCAUGAAAAAUACAAGUGCUUCUCUAAAGAGCGAAGUUUAUCGUUCAGAAUCAUACCAACUCCUGAUGCCAGCGAAAAAAAGUUCCUAUACCAAUUUAGAAAAGAUCGAUGAAUGUCCUUCCAACAAUAAUUGUAUGAAUGAUAACGAUACAUUAAAAAUACACGUAGACACGUUUGAAAUGAAAAAUUCAUCCAGCAAACCUGAUGUAGUGAACAUUCGCUCAGAGGGAAAUUCCAGCAAUAUAACUCUACCGUUGUCACCAGAAUUGUCCAUUGUUGAAAAUAUAUCUGUUAACAAAGAAUUGCUUGACAGCGUUGAGGAUUUACCCACGAUAAAUGAAAUGCAAGCAAAUGACGAGCCAAAUUUGUCUAUAGAUAAUAAAUACUUGAUGUCAGCAGUUGAUAUUACAAUGCCUUUGAUGGAACAGGAUUGUGACAUACAAAAAAGUGUAUCGACGCAUCGCCCCGAAUACGAAUUCGAUCAGGCAAAUUCAGCACCAUUUAAGAAAAUUGAUUCUUCAAACGUAACUGAAGGUCGAUCUAUAUCAGAUUCAUUGGGUUGUAGAUUUGGAAACUUAUUACUGGAGAGUGCAAAAAAAAUGGAAGUUGACAUGUUGGAAACUGUGCCAGAAACAGGCAAUAUUAUUCCUACAAAGAAAGUAAUUAACAAAAAGUCUAGAGCCAAAAAUCGAUGUUCGACACCACAUAAAAAAAACAGUAAGAAGAAUUCCAAGGUUCCUGACAUUGCGCCUGUUGUGGAGGAAGAACGAAUGGAGUUUUGCUCAUAUGGGGGUAGGAAAUCUUGUCCUCCAAUUUUACCUGACUUUAUCCAUACUAAUGACAAUGAAUUUAUAAACGUUACAGAUAAUGAACCUUUAAAGAAAAGGAAGAAAAAGAAAGAUGUAAUAAAAGUUAAGAUAUUAAAACCUAAUAAUAAGCAAAAAAAGGCUGUCCCAGCGGAAGUUAAGAAAACUGAUGUUACUACAAUAUCAGUUCACACAGAUAGUGGUAUAAACGAAACGAACUCUGCAUUAUUUCUGCAAGAUUCCGACGACAGUGUGGACCUCAUCCACAACCAUUCCGAGACUUGUCUGCAAACUAAAGAAUGUUUCGGUGACAGCAUUGAGGUCGUUGAACGGGACACGUCUAUAAUAUCAAUCAAUUCAGUAGAUGCAAUGUUAUAUUUGCCUCCAGAAGUAUAUUGUAACAAUGCUUGCGACGGUGCAAACACAAUCCGUGAAAAAGUAAUUACCUCCCAGUCUACAAGUGAAACUGUAUAUCUUAGUCCGCUGGCCAGCGAACUGUCUGCCAAUAGUCUCAUCACCGAAGAUCUCUCAGAGGAAAACGAAGCGCCCAAUCCGCGUCUCACAAACAAAUGGUACUUGCUCAGUGAAGAUGAAACCACAAAUACCAACCAUGUACCUAGUUUUGGCGCGAAUCUCAAUCAUAUAUUUCCGGUCACUUGUACCGUGCCAGACCUCUCUACUAUAACGGAAAUGUCAAAGGAAAAUGAUAGUAGAAAGCCAACUCUGGACACGGAUGGCGAUACUAGAAAUGAUUUGGAAUCUCAGAGUAUGUUUUGAUUGCUAUUUAGGUAGUUUGUCAAAAAGUUGUGAUUAUGAGAAUGUACGUAAUCAGUCAUUAUUUUCAGUAAUUUUGACUAAACAUAAUUUAAAAUAGUAUGUAGUUUUCUAUUCAAUGAAUUACCCAUUUACAUUGAAAUAUUAAGCAAACGUUUUAUAAAUUGUUAUUGUCCAAUAUUAUCGCCACUGAAAAUGUUUAUUACUGUUUUAUAAUAUCCGUUUUAGAAUUUUGAUUGUAUUUAAAAUAUGAAAAAGGCGCUGUGCGUUUAGAUUCUUAGAAUAUGUAGUAAAUAAAACAUAACUUUUAAUAAC